CAAUUUUUGUUUUGACAACAAAUGAAUGAAAACAAAAUACAAAUGCAUUUAAAUUGUGUUUAAAUUGAGUGCAAAAGAGUAUUGAGUGUAAGAAUGCUAUGAAAAUGGAUUCAAAUGAAAUCAAUUCAAUGAUCAGUAAAAACAUUUCGUGGAAUAAAUUACCAGAAAAUGUGAAACAGAGUAUUGGAAACAGCGAUGAAUACGACAAAAAGGUCCUCGAGUUUAGUGUCAAGAAUCAGAUGAGAUAUCGCAAGAACUUAGUGAGACACAUAGAGAAGAGUGCGAAGAGUUAUUACGAAGAAGUGCUGAGAUAUAGUCGACAACACUAUAUGCUAUUUCCAUACCAUUUGUCGGAUAUAAUUGUCUCGGGAAUGAGAAUAACUCCCUUUCAAUACUACAUUCAAAUGUUAUGCGAUUUGUUGGAAACGGAGAGGAAUUACGACACUUUACCCAACUUUACGGCCGCCGACUGUUUAAGACUUCUAGGAAUCGGUCGAAACCAAUACAUAGAUCUCAUGAAUCAGUUCAGGUCUUCGAAGAAGUUUUUAGGUAUGAUUCGAAAGCCCGUUAAAGACCUGUUGCCCAACAAACCGGUCAGUAAUAUGUUGAUUGACUUUUGGUGGACAAUAAAUCCGGGAUAUAUUACUGAAGACGACGUGAAACAUAUGGUGACCCCAUCUGAGAAGAUAAUCAUCGAUAGAGUGCUUACCGACGAUCCCAUUCCCUCACAGCUGAGGACAGGAGAAGUGAAUCAAAACGAUGUGCGAAGUCUUUACCAAAAAGGACUCAUCUAUUUUGAUAUAACGAUCCAAGACUCAGAUCUCAUACACAUUCCUCCACUUGAAAACUUUGUGAUGAAUCGCGUGACCGGAGAUUACUUCGAGACUCUAUUGUAUAAAAUAUUUGUAUCGAUUGAUGAAAAGACAACAGUUUGUGAAUUAGCGAAUGUCUUGCAGAUCGACUCUUCGCUCGUGAAGAAUGCCAUUUCCAUGUAUUGCCGAUUGGGCUUUGCUUUUAAAAAGAACCUCGACUUGACUCUCGAUGAUUGUCACUCUUCGUGGACCAACUCUUCGCCGCGACUCUCAGUCAGCGAUAGCAACAGUAAUAGUAAAGCCGUUGAGGGGAAGCAAAACAUCUCUAAAUUCAUUAGUUCUCUUCCAAAUGAGGACGAACUCAGUAGCGAAGGCGUCGAUGUGUUUGGAUCCGAGUCCGAGUCCAACACCAAAGAUAAACUCUCGACUCAAAGCUCGAUAAGUAGUAGUAAUCAUGUGAUGGCAACCAAUUCGAGUGAUAGCAAAAGGAUAGGCCUGUUAUAUGAUUCAACUUUGGCCGCAUUCCUAAUGAUGGGUAAUUUGGCGCCGGGGCUGAAGAACCACGCGGUCACUAUGUUUGAAGUCGGGAAGUUGUCCGACGAGUCCAUCGAUAGCUUAUUACUCGAAUUGUCUAAAAUCAGUGAUUCAGACCUCGAAGAAGAUGGCGGUGAAGCGCAUCGGUAUUUCCUUCACGCCUCGCAACUCUACCGAACGGUACAAUUCUUAAGACAUAACCCGGAGUUGACAUCGAGUCUGACAGAGGAUCCGACGGAAUCGCAUUCGGGAUUGGGUUUGGAUUUGAUUCGAUGCGAAAGUCUAUUGAAUUUAGACUCCGAAACGUGUCAACGAUUAUUGUUAAAAAACUAUAGACUUCUUAUAUCAGUCGCGCCGCUCAGUAAUGAGACCCGAAUUAUUACAAAUGAUUUGCUCCCAUAUUUCGGGGCCACUCCUCUCGUCAAUUCAAUUUGGUUUAAGUUAUUUCUAUAUUCGUGUACUUCUUGUGGACCGCCUUCUCUUCUCUUAUCAAAAGGCGUUCGUUUGAAUCAAUUGCCGGAAAUAUUUAUGAAUUUUGAGGCACUAAUGAUCACUCCGUGGGCUCGAGAUCCGGGCAUUAUUCCCAUUUCUGGCGCUUUGAUGGCAAUCAAUGAGUCGACCACUUAUAGCCCAGUCCUCGUUCAGGCGUACCCUAAGAAUAGUAUUCACAUAUCAGACAAAGAAUUGUUUUAUUUAAGUCUUCCGUUUCUCGACAAAAAGGACGACAAAAGUGAUUCACUUGAAAGUCAUCCGUCAGUGACUGCACUCUCAACUCAAAUCAAUUUAGAGAGAAUUUGUGGUUAUAUUACACUAAUUAACCUCAAUUCACACGAUUGCACACAACAGCUCACGAGUGAUGAGUCCGAGAGUUGCGACAAUUGGACUCUUUUUGACUGUCAUUUCGGUAUUCCUUUAUUCGACCGAACGUUGAAUAGAAAUGUCUGCAACAGAAUGGCAGCCAAUGAUCUCUUCAAUCCAAACAAUCUGAGCGGAUGUCCGAAAGCAGAUAAGGCACAGGUUUUGGUCGCACAACAGGAGAUCAAGUUCUGUCCGACGCCCGGAUGUGACGGUUCCGGUCAUAUCACUGGCAAUUACACGAGUCAUCGCAGUCUGAGUGGAUGUCCUCGCGCUCGAGACUUCAAACUCAAGAAGACUUUCAUCAAUAGGUUUGUCCACCAAAACAAUGAUCUCUUGAAUCCUGCGAUGACCUCUUUUGCCAACAAAUUGAAAGUUGAAGUCAUUUCCGACAACAGAGACCACCAGAAGAGUGAAUCCAGAGUUAUUACUUUGAAUGAUGUUUUGAAGAACGAGCUAAAAGAGGCGGAAAUGGCGAGAAAUAAUGCCAAAAAUGACGGCCAGUCGUGUCCGACACCGGUUCUCGCUGAAGGGUGUGAUGGCAGCGGACACAUCACCGGCAGUUUCCUAACGCACAGAAGUCUCUCCGGGUGUCCGCGCGUUACCGCAAACCUAGAAUUGUUUGAUCCUAAGAAAGAUGUCACUCUAUUAGACAAUAUUGAGGACAAGAAUCACAAAACCAAUCCUCCAAACGGUAUUUCCGGACGAAUGAAUGGCAAAUAUUUGGGUUCAGAUAAAGUGAUGAUCACUUCGUCGACGGACGACAUGCAAGUGAUUGAGGACCAGAUCUGUGAACUCCGCGAUUAUAACACCAAAAUGGAGUCCGAAUUGAAUCGAAUUAAAUCAGAAUAUUUACAAUUAGAGCAACAAAUAGAGUCUCACGAAAAGGAAAACAAACAACUGAUGGGAACGACUGAAAACCUGAACCAAUACUAUCAGAGUUUGCGAAACAACUUAUUAGAACUCUUAGAGACCAUUCAUUUUCCCGACUGUAUUGAAGAGCCGCCUUUUGUAAAAUAAUGUUCUA